AUCACGCACGACCCCGCUCCUUCACCCCUACCGGUGAGCAAGGUGCGAGCGGCCUCCGCAGCGGAAAAGUUGAAUGGCCGCGACUGGUACCUCAGCUCCCUUUAAAACUGGCAGAGCCUCUGGAUCACGCUAGAGCCAGACCCGACAGCCUACCGUGCCAGAGCGGUCGGCUGAGGCGGGAGAGCCCGCCGCACCUGCGGCCCAACGAGCUCGAGGCCGUCGCCUUGGUAGAUGAGAACGUUCUGCGUCCAGUGAUUCGAUAGGAACCGCCCCCCACCCCACCCCGCCCCACGACUCCUCCGACGCGGCGACCCCUGCGUCCCUGAGCCGCGCGCAAGUGCACUCCCGCGACCGCGUCAGGCUGAGAGGGAACCUGGUAAGCAGUAGCGCCCGCGCCCGCGGGUAGACCCUGGUUUGCGGGCGAAGCUAGAGCGCUUCUCGGUGAUGGGCAGCUGCCACAGCCAGUACCUGGGCUAGUCGCCCUCUCGCCCCGCCUUCCCCUGCGUCCGUUGACGGCCGUCUGCGCCUCAAGCCCGGCCUCGGUGGAGCGUUGAGCUCCUUUUCCGAGGCUGCUGACUUCAGUGGGUCUGCCCGCGCCGCGCUUCCCUAAGCCCUCAGUGCCUCCUGUGUUUCUCCCCCUCAGACAACCAGACCGGAUUUAAACCACUCCCCUGUCCCUCAGUAACUCCGCUCCAGGAAGCUGUCGAGGGCCAAAUCACCACGAUGGGAGUGGCGGGCUAGGGACGCCUGCCGUUAGGAUCUCUUGGAAGGACGAGUGUUUGUGGAACUCGUCCCCUAUGAGCACCGUCCAAGAAGACUUGGAAACUUGUAGGAAAAAUGUCGCUCUAGGUUCCAUAAGGUGUUUCUGUGUGCUGUGCUUGGUCGCCCAGUCGUGUCCGACUCUUCGCGACCCCGUGGACUGUAGCCCGCCAGGCUCCUCUGUCCAUGCGGAUUCUCCAGAACUGAGGGGAGCAUGAGCCAUUUGCAGAACUUACUGUUAGAUACACUCCUGGGAACAAAGCAUGUGGACAGCGCAGCCCUCAUCAAACUCCAGGAGCGGAGCCUAUGUGUAGCAUCACCAGGAUUUAGUGUAAUGCCCAGUGAUGUCCGAACACUUGUAAAUGGGUUUGCCAAGAACCCUUUGAAAACCAGAAGAGAAGGAUUGUAUUUCAAGGAGAAGGACUACAAAUGUGUCCGGGCAGAUGACUAUUCUCUUUAUGCCAAGAAUGAAAACACUGGUGUGAUUGUUGUGAAGACCCAUCUGUAUCUUCUGGUGGCAACUUACUCUGAAGGCAUGUAUCCUAGUGUCUGUGUGGAAGCCACAGAGAAGUUGGGAGACUAUCUAAGAAGAAAAGGGAAUUAAGUCAUCAGAGGACUAUGAAAGAUGGCUUUUAUGAUUUUGGAAGAAAAUUAUAGAUCCUAAAGAAAUAAAUGCCUUAUUUUGUGGUUUAAAAACACUAGGCAGAAGAUACUGAAAAGGAAGAAUGAAUUAAGGAAGGAAUUUUUCUUAUUUCAAGAGGUCCUCUUUUUAAAUUGGAAUUAUUUAAUCCACUUUAUCUUUUUUCUUUAGUGUUGUUCAUUGGCAUGAAUGUGAGGCACUGAUAGUUUCACAGAGCAUAUCUGUUGGAAAACUCCUCUAUGAGUCUCUUGUAUUCCCACAAAUAUUGUUGGAUAUGCCAAGAAUGCAAGAAUGACUGAAUUUAAAUCUCCAGUCCCUCUCCCCUCUCCAGAGAUCAGCGGUUGGGGGACCAGGGACAAAGGCUAAAAAUAUUUAUUAUAUCACUUCUGGUCUUAAUGGCAAGGUUGUACCAGGUAAAAAGGUGGAUAUAUCUUGCUAUCUUAGCCAGAUUAAGUAUUAAACAUUCAGUUCAUCCCAA